GAUCGCUAUGUGAAGUUUGAACGGGCUUUGUUUUUGACUACCCAGAAACCAGAUGAGAGCAAUGAUAGUUUCAUUGCAAGACAUGAGGCGUGCUUUGAGGAGAUCCUCCAGAAGGACAAGGGAGUGACGCUCGAAGAAAUUCGAGCAUACGUGAUGAUUCGGCGCUCUCAACUCACCAGUGAAGAGAAGAAGAAGAUCAUCAUUGACAACAAAGGAGUGCUCACCUAUGAAGCAACCCGUGAAGCCAUGAGGCUCCUAGGCUCACGGUUCUUCCAGGAUCUACAGGGAGGGUCAAAUCGGAAGUUGAAGACCUACGAUGUCCACACCGUUGACGAGACGGAACCAGUCAUGAUGACCACCGAGGAGACCUUCGAUGAGGAGCAUGCCUACCAGACCCUCCUGGAACAGGGAGAUGAAGACGCCAUCUUCAUUCAAGAGUUUGAAGAACAGAUCAUCGAGACAGAGAUGGCCACCAUGGCGGAGGACUUCACAGAGAUGACUCCAGAAGAACUUCCCGAAGACCUGCCGGAUGAGAUCCAGGAGAGUCCAAACCUACCUGAAAAAUGUUUGAAACCCUGUCAGGCGUUUUCCAUGAACCCCCAGAAAGA